UGGUCCGAGUUGCGACCUGUUUCUCGCUGCUGUCGAACACUCGCUCCAUGCUGAGCGUCAACAACGACAAGAACUCGGACGCCUACAGGUUCCAGUUUCUGCACGGAAUCCGCUUUCUCAGCAUCGUCUGGAUCGUUAUCGGCCACUGCUACGGAACGCCGUCGGACGUCUGGUCUCGCCUAAUAAACAACGUCGCUCUCGGCGAUCGCUGGGACAUCACAAUCAUAUCAGCCGGAUUCAUCAGUGUCGACACGUUCUUCUUCCUCAGUGCCUUUCUCCUUACGAGCGUUGUCUCGAAGCAAAAGCGUGUUGGAGUUGUCAUCUACGUCAUGGCAGUGGUUAGGAGGCUCAUUAGGACACUGGUGCCACUGUUUUUUAUGUUAAUGUGUAUGUACCUGCUGCCGCUUAUUGCGUCUGGGCCUGAGGGCCCGCAGUUCUUCGAGAAGCUGGAUAAUGAGGUCUACAGAAACUGGUGGUCGCUCUUGGCACAAGUUCGAAAUUACUUCUACCACGAUGACGAUUUGCCACUGCUUCCUCACCUGUGGUACCUGUCAGUGGACUUUCAGUUUUUCCUUGUGACUCUGCUAAUACUUCUGAUAUGCAAAACGAGGCCACGAGUUGCUGUCACAUUGUUUGCGCUACUGUCCCUGGUUGGAUGUUCAGUUGCCACGUGGCAAGUGGCUGGCAACAACAAAACGCCUUUCAUGGUGGUGGUUGUCGAGUCCAUCCAGGUGUUCAUGGAAACAACCUUCCGCUAUUACUUCUACCCUUUCUACCACGCCAUUUGUUACUUCAUGGGCUCCGUCACGUUCCUCUCCUUAAGCUGGUUCAAGGGCAAGAAGAUGUCUCCCAUAUUCCAAGCUGCUGCCUGGUGCAUCGCUAUCGCCAGUGGAGUGUGCUGCAUCUUUAUGAAGCUUGCGUGGUACAAAGAAACUGACCCGACCACGCAGUUCGGAAAGCUUUCUGCCACAUUUUUCGAUCGGAUCCUGUGGAGCAUGUUUCUAAUGUGGGUGACCUUGGCCUGUGCUACGGGACGAGGAGGAUUCCUGUGCAAGUUCCUGGCAUGGAAUGCGUUUGUUCCCCUCAGCAGAUUGGCCUUCGGCGUCUACCUCAUUCAUGUGCCAUUUAUCCAACUUUUGUUGCACAUAUCUCGAGAGAGAAUCUUAUUCUUUCACUUCAUCGUGAUUUCGCUCGUCUUCACCGCCCUGGUGUGGAGCUACCUCCUCAGCUACCUCUUGUUCAUAUUAUGCGAAGCUCCGACUGCUAAGCUGGACAAGCUCGUGUUCGACCGGCGUCGCCGUAGCGAGCCCAAGCCAGCUGCCGCCUCCCCGACUGAGGUGGCGACGAACGGUAUCUCCUCGGGAAAGCCUGCUGACAUCCCGUGUGUCAAUGAUGCCUACAGAGCGUUGGAAGCGCAGAGAAGCAAUGACACCGCCGAUCGCACCAGUUUCUUUCGCGGAAACGGUCACUCAGUCAGUUAUCAGCUGUAGAUUUUUUACCAUAUUCUCGCCAUCAACAUCAUCAGCAUUUCACUCACACAAGUACUGCUCUACUGUAAAUAAAAAAGCUGUCUUUCUCUCUUC